UGAUUUGAAUUGCUAAUUGUAAAUUAAGGUUGAACUUUGUAUGAUAGAUGAAUAGAUUUAAGGUUUUCCCUAAAUUCAUGGUUAAAGUUUCGAACUUUAUCAAAAAAAUCCUCUUUUUAUCGAUUAUUGUGAUUGUGAUUGUCAAAAGUUGAAUCCUUUAAAGGUUUGUGUCACUGUUCUUGCCUGUAUGAGAAUUUCAAUAGUUAGUGGAUAGUUUAUGUGUAAGACCCUUGUAUGUUGGUGUGUGUAUUUUGUUUGGCAUCUUAAAGAUGUCAUGAAACUUGUGGUGAAGGUUAUAUAUUGCUGUUCGUCUGGCAUGUUAACUCAAAGUUGGAGUGUUAGGUAUGAGAACUUGGUUUGCAAAGUAAUAGUAUUAGGUUUUUAGUUGGACGCAGAUAACGGCUUGAAUUAGUUCUCGAUAAGUGGUAGCAAUUAUGGAUGACUGGGAGGACGAGCAAAUUGCACCACUUCCAGCAAAAGUUGAACUGAAAAGUAACUGGGAUGAUGAAGAUGUGGAUGAAAAUGAAAUUAAGGAUUCAUGGGAGGAUGAUGAUGAACCUGAUCUGCCGCCUGUUGUAAAGCCUGCUCCAGAGAAGGCUCCUAAGAAAACUGUUGAAAAGAAGGGUAAAGCAGUUGAAGUUUCAAAAGAAACACCAAAGGACGAGUCUCUAGAUCCUAUAGCGGAGAAACUUCGCCAGCAGAGGCUUGUUGAAGAAUCUGACUAUCGAUCAACUGCUGAACUCUUCCGAGUGAAGGAUGAAGGAAAAAACCUUGAUACAUUUAUCCCGAAGUCUGAAAGUGAUUUUUUGGAAUAUGCUGAAUUGAUUUCUCAUAGGAUUAAACCAUACGAGAAAAGUUAUCACUAUAUUGCUCUACUCAAAACAAUCAUGAGACUUUCACUGACUAACAUGAAAGCAGCAGACGUUAAAGAUGUUGCGUCGUCCAUUACAGCGAUAGCAAAUGAAAAACUAAAGGCAGAGAAAGAAGCUGCUGCAGGCAAAAAGAAGACGGGUGGGAGGAAGAAACAACUGAUUGUAGAUAAGCCCGAUGACGACCUAGUGGCUGGUCCUUAUGAUGCCAUGGACGACUUCGAUUUCAUGUAGAUUAAAAUCUUUUUUUGAGCAAAUGGAUUUUGGAUUGUCCAGCGUCUGUUUCAUCAUUUAUCUCUCAGAAGAGCAAGAAGAAGCAAAGUUUCUUAUUUGUUGUUCGUCAUUUUAUUAUCUAAUAGAGCAAGAAGCAAAACUUUCUUAUUGUGGAAAUAUCUAGUUGGAACAAUUGAAUCUUUUGUUUGGUUUUGGUCUGGAAGAUAUCUCUGGAGAGUCUAAGUUUUUAGGUUCUUUUUGAUGAUUUGAAAAAGGAUUUGAUAAGUUUCUUUUAAAGAUUUAGUUUCUUAUAUC